AAGCUAUGCCAAACACCCCUCAUAGUGGAAAACUUGCUGUGGUUGGAGAUUAAGCUUCAAAUGUGAAUCAAUUUUAUCAUUCUUUUAUCUUGCUUAUAGUUCAUCAUUUUUCGAUUAUUACAAGAUGGAGGAGCAUUCAUUUUUCAGUAAUAUGAUUAUGAAUCUUCGCUCCACCUGCAAGUAUUAUACUGGAUAUCCAAAGGAUCUUGGGCUAUCGAAGGUUAUUCAUUUUACUUCAGAGCGUGAAUUUGUGCAUCUUCUGCAUCAAGGUCACCCAGUGAUAGUUGCAUUCACCAUCAAGAGUAACUACACCAAGCAUCUUGACAAAGUAUUGGAAGAAGCUGCUGCUGAGUUUUAUCCCGAAAUCAAAUUUAUGCGUGUUGAAUGUCCAAAAUAUAUUGGGUUUUGUAUGACACGACAAAAGAAAGAUUAUCCAUUUAUAGAAAUGUUUCAUAGUCCAGCACAAGCAAAUAAUCAAGGAAGAGCCGCUGAUCCAAAUGUCACAAAGUACUCUGUGAAAGUUUUACCUUAUAACUAUGAUGUCAGUGCAUAUGGGUUUAGAGAGUUCUUCAAACGCCACAACAUAGGGUCGUUCAGUCACAAGUAAAAUGGCGCUCCAAUGGUAUUCUGGGAUCAUUGUCAUGCAUAAGUAUACGUUGUUCUCAAGGCUUUUUUUUAAUUCAUUUGGUCAAGAUCUCCAGAAGUAUGGAUUUUUUGAGUUCUUGAAAGUCUUGUUCAGAUGGGUCUCUUGUUUGUUUAUACGUAUGUUAUGAUUUAUUGUGUUUAUUCAAAAUACCGAGACCAUCAACUUAUUAAUUUUAUCAUUUAAAUUUUGAGUAA